UCAUUUCUCGUCAGGAUUUGUGAGAGUGAACAAUCAAGUUGAACUGUGUUUACUGAGUGUUGUAUAAGAACACUAGGUCUACUACUAACUAGCACCCAGUCACUGCUAAGGACAAAAGGCAGUAACAUCGUAUAUUUUAAUUCGUUUAUUUAAGGGGUUUCCUUUAGAGGAAGUUAUCAAGCUGUUUUUGUAGCAGAUAAACACCGCGCUUAUUUGAAAUUAAUGAUAAUGUACUUUUGAAUUAUUGGAUUUGCUUCUCGUUCGUUUUGAAAGAAGGAAGAAGAGAGAGAGAGAAAAGAAAUACUUUACCGGGUGCCCAGAACCGACAAAAAACAAAAAACAACAGGAUAUACAGUAGUAACGAAUAAUAAAGACUUAAGUCCAAGGUGAACUUCAAAAUAGUUGGCCUAUUCAAACUUCAAAGCUACGGAAAUUGUAGAGAUUUUCGAGUACAAAAUCAGUAACUGAUGCCAUUGGUUCAACAUUGGUCAACGCACGUUACCGGUAGUGCAACAGUAUCCAAUUUCGUGACCGUAUCGUCAAGAAGUUUAGGCAAUUGUCUUUGAAAAAAACAUUGUAAAGAAAAUCUACGCAUGAACAUGGCAACAACGAAUGUAACAGGCCGCAAUUCGACGGCGUUAGCGAAGUGUACAAUGCCUGAUAUCUACGAGAGCGAUGUCGCAGACAAUCCCGUCGCUCUGAAAGCAAUUUUCAUUUCGCUCGUUAUCAUUUGUGUUUUGAUCGUUGUUGGCAACACGUUUGUAGUUGCGACGUUUCUUCAUUACCGAAAGCUUCGUCGCCCACGAAAUAUAUUUGUAUUUAACUUAGCUUUGACGGAUCUCUCGGCAGGGUUGAUGAUGCCUAUUCAGGUCCUAGUCGGUGCAUCAGUAACUGAUGCCAUUGGUUCAACAUUUGUUGUAAUUUCUCUUUUAACUGUUCUUGCAAUAGCUAUGGAGAGAUUCAUCAUUAUUGUGUGGGCGCCAACUAAACACAGAGAUAUCGUUACAAAGCGGGGAAUAAUCACCACAUGCGUGUGUUUUUGGGUGUUUCCUCUUGCUGUUAUUGUGCCAUUUUCAUCAUACACAGAGGCAUAUAUUCUCAUCGUAUUAAAUCUAGGACCAUGGCUUAUGAUAUUUGUGUCGAUUGGUGUCGUCAUACUCUAUGGUGCCAUUUUUUUGAAGAUCAGACGUCAUGAACGACGAAUGCGUGGAAAAUCUGGAAGCAAGCGAAAUGAGUUGCGCGAAGCAGAGCGUGUUGUCAAGGCAUUCGCGCUAAUUGUUGCACUUUUCUCCACCUGUUGGUUACCAUGGGCAGUCGAAGUUCUUCGCAUAAACUUCUCGCUUUAUAUCAUCACUCACGAAGCAAGAUGCUUCCGGGGGACCGUGGCUUUUUACGUCUGUUUGUGUAUUGGUCUUCUUAACUCCGCUCUCAAUCCCUUAGCAUACUGGUGGCGAUUACCAGACUUCAGGCAAGGAGUUACUAAGCUUAUUCACACUGCUCUGCCCUGCUAUGAGACACCAGAGCCAUUCGGAUCGCAUUCACAGAGAAGCGAUAAGUUUCCAGACUCUAGUCGGAGAGAAGAUGGACUUCUAAACGUUAGUAAAAACGUUUCCCAUGCUAGAUCUACUGCUGGACCAUCACACGUUGUCAUCAUAAAUAACGCUCCAGUUGGUGUGGAUAACGUUGCUCAACGUUGAGCGCAUUAUGUCAACAUCAUGGUUGCUGUUCAGUUUCGCAGAGAACGGCAGGUGACACGCCGAUGUCGAAAGGCUUCUCUUGGAAUGGAACUUAAACUUCAUUAGCUCAAGCCAGCUUCCAAAUAACGUCCAUAUGAACGAAACUCGAUAAACCGUAUGAAGUCAAUGCUUAAUAGGAAUGACUCCGAAAAAAGUGGAGAAAAGAGUAGCCAUUUGAAAGUAGAACAGUUGAAUCUAAUGACAGAAGAGAAGAAAUUGACAAGAGCCACCGUUGAAGCUAAUGGCACUUGUGAAGAAAAGAAAUUGAAAGAACAUGAUGAAAAGAAAAUUACAGUAACUGCUUAUGUUUGAUGCAGGUAUUUGUUUAUUACUGGCAGUGAAACAGUUUGGUCUUACUAUUAUUGUAUUAAUGCAUUUAAAUAAUUUGAAGGUGAAAAACUCCUAUAACAUAACUUUAUGCUAUUUUUUUCAAUUUACGAUAAAUUUAAUUUUUGUUUACUACACUUCUUACUCGAUUUUCCAUACAUUUUUAUGUGCUUUGACUAACAUGUAUUAACUUUAAAUUAUCAGUUUAGACUCUGACGCAUCGCAUUUGUCAUGAUGGAUUAUGCAUUUUACUGCCCAGUCAUCUUAAUGUUCUUUGUGCACCAUUCUUGAUUUUCUUUGUAAGGCAUUGGAAUUACAAAAUCAAUACUAGAACAUUAAUAAUCACUAUUUUUUGGAAUAAUUGAUAUUAAUAAUAACUGAGGUGACUAUCAAAUUCGACAAGUGAAGUUUGUACAGUAGAUGUUAAGGUUACAUCACGAUGAAUGACACAUCUGAUCAUAUGCUGAUCAUUGUUUAGCAUUAAGAACAUUAUAUUGAUUGAAGCAUCGUACGUUUUGGCGAUAGGCUUAAACCAUCCUAAUCAAUGUACCUCAUUUCAUUGACAAGUCACUUGAUUCAAACGAAUACUAAUGAGCAACGUGUCUUUCACAACCAAUCAUGGGUAAUACUUAUUGAAGAACAAUUAUAUGGUAUUACUGUACAUUGAUAGAUUUUCGAUAUUUUUUAUUUCCCGCAAUAUUUAGAUUGUUCGAAAUUGUGAAUUAGAUGGUCGUUAUUUUAUUAUCUGAUCUCUGAUAUUAACAUAUACAUAUAAUAGGCAUAAUAAAUAGUUCAUAAACAAUUGACAGGCCCAUGUCUUUUGAUGAUGGACACUAUACCGAAACCAUUUCCCCUUCCGAGCCGGUAGUGCCUACAAUUGAAUGAGCAAUUAUACUAAAUGAAGCAGCUGAGGCCUACGUAAAAUAAUAGCACUGUACUAUAGUAGUAUAAAUCGUUGCCAACUACAAAGAAUGUUGUUAACAAAAUCAGUAUAGGCAUAUUAGAAAGUAUACGCAUAGACCUACAUAAGAAAUUAUCCUAUUUUUUACAUGACUUAACUUGUUUACAAUUCAGUAAGGUAUUAUUAGGGUAAACUGACUUUAACAAUGAAAAAUAGAAGUUGAAGAAAACGAAUUACUUACGGUAUAGGCCUACUUUAAAAAUUCGACGAUUGGAGAAAACAUUACUUGUUGUUUUGAUAUCUUUUCCAAAAAGUAAACUAUAUUGUUCUUUAUCAGUAGUGAUUUAUUAUGUGUAUAGAUUAGAAAUGUAUAGCAGGUUAAAUUAGUGGUACCGGUAGUCUAUUGACAAAUUGUUAUGUGGUUGUUAUGCUGUUGUUAACGUCUUCUAAUAAAACAUGUGAUUGUCAUUGACAGGGUACGGUACUGGAAAGUACAGACAAACUAUUAAACGUCUAGAAGUAUAUAAAGAAAACCUCAGGAACAAUACAGUAUUAAUUUGUCAUAUUCUAAUGUACCGGUAAAUGCACAAUUUUUGCUUAUACAGUGUACGUUAAAAUCUGCCAAAUUUAGUAAAUCUGCCCGAUACAGUAUAUAAUCGUGUAUAGGCCUAUCUAUACUAUAGUAAUAGGCUUAUAUAUUAUCGUUGCUUUGGAUAUUUGUACGGCUGGCGGAGGAAUAGGCAUAGGCCUAAUUAAAAAUUAUGGAUAGCAUCGGAGAAAGAAAUGACUCAGACGAAUCAUUUCCAUAGGGUGUGCCCCAUUUUCAUUUAUAAUGAUGAAUGAAUUCCAGGAGGGCGUGCCCAGUUUUCGUUUAUAUGAUGAAUGAAUGAUUUCUUCUGAACAAUGUGAAUCAACUGCCUAACCAAUCAUUCCAUUUUAUAUAUAAAUCGAUAUUUACUCGUAAAAUAAUUGUUAUACGUAUGAAUUCAUUUUACAUUAUUAUUGCCUUUGAGCGCUUGGUGUAGAUAUUUUUACGACGAUUUUUAUGUAGGUCAUAUUGUUAUCGAGUGAAUUUUCUAGAGGUCUUGCAUUCCAACGUAACUUUCAACAUCUUUACUAGGUAAAUCAAUAUUAAUAUAAAAGUACCCAUAUAAACUGAACCAAACCAUCGCACCCGGUUACCGUGUCUAGACUCGCAUUCAUUGUCGUAUCCCUAAGCAGAGAAUACGGCAACAGGGUACCAUGGUAUACGCAUCAUUGUUACGUGUUGUGCUGUAAUAGUUUGCCGCAAAUUUUUGUAGACUUGUUUUUGAAAUAAAUUUUGCAAUAGCAA